GUUGUGCGGUGCAGUGCGCUGAGCUGAGAACCGUUUAGGCGCACGAAUAGUACCUCUGUGCCGCCAUCGGAACGCCCUUUCGCAAAGAUACCGGCAUCCCCCGUAGAGUCUGGGAUUGCUUGUGCCUGCCGCACAGUUUCCACUGCCCCCGACACCCUGCACAGAAAACACGUAUCCAGGCGUAUCCCUCUGCCCCGUGCUUCGACAGCUGUCUGUUACACUUGGCCCCUCCCCCUCCUCCGCUAUCGUCAGACAUCAGGGUACCGCAGGUAGGACCCUUCCUUCUGCCUCGACAUAUGCACACGGCCGCACAGCACUACUGAUACAAGAGCUGCACACACACAGCACUCCACUAUGAACAACCAUUCCCGCUCGUCUCGGAUGGCCUCCGGCGACAGGCCCGACGCUGGACACCACGCCAGAGUGAGCAGCGGCGCCAGCAGGAGCAGCCCCGGCGGCAGCCCCACUACAGCAGCAGCAGCAGUACCGGCCCCAAGCAGACACACAGACUCGAGGUUGAACACCAGCGUGAACGCCAGCAGCAGCGCUUCCGCCCCGACAAACAUCAGCCCGUUGUCCCCCUCCGUCACCGUCGACGCUCUGCACCAGUCUCCGUCCACGACCGCUCCGCCUGACGCCCCCACCAAGUUUCUCCCCGUGGAGAACUCCAUCAUCAGCGUCAUCUUCGCCAGAAUAGACCUGCUUCUCCCGUACAUCUCAGGAUACUCGGUCCCGCAGGUCUUGGCCGAACCAUGCUACAUACAGGCCAAGGCACACUUGUUGAAAUUGACAGUCUCCUCAAACUACUUGCGGGACAUCCUCUCAUGCGUGUACAACCUCCUUCUCCAGGUGUUGGAAAAGGACCCCGGAAAGUCGCAGUACGACAGAAGUACAAAUACCUUAAACUCCAUUUACAUAAUGUUAACGCUCCUGGCUAACAUAAUCAACAACUUGAAGGCGCACGAGAACUUGGACCACUCCGCAACAGACAUUUUCAAAUCCCUGGGCCUCAAAAUCACCUCCUUCACCUUGGAGGACUCCCACUUAACCUCCAGCCCCGUUUAUGCAAUCGACGUCGCCCUGGCGACCAAGCUCUUGAGACUGUUGAUAACUUUGAAAAGUGACCAUGAUUGCUUGGCAACUUUGUUUUCAAUCACAGAUUACCCAAACUCGAGUGUCUCCUCAAGUAAUACCGCAUCCGCCAAUUCGAGUACGAACGCCAAUGUAAAUACACACUCGAUAUUGAACUCCCCUCCUUCUUUGCAGCGGCCGGCAUCCCUCCAUGGUAACAUCAUUUCCUCCUCAUCUUCUUCGUCAUCUUCCUCCUCCAUCCCAACUUCUCCACCGGCUCACCCACAAUCAAACUCGUUCUCUUUUGCGUCGUCUUCUUCUUCCAAUACUGCUAACACGACCACCUCCUCUUCUUCUCAUUCGGCUUCAAGCGACAGCCGCAUCAGUCCCUCUAUGGUCGAGGAUCACAACGAGGUUACUAAAUUAUUGAAGAAGUUUCAAAUUCUGGAGAAUUCGGAAUUGAUUUCAAAUAUUGACAAAAAAAUAUUCUCAGUUUUUCAUUAUAUCGCUGCGUCUAAUCCUAAUGAAUACCUAGAAUUUAUGAAGAUGCUUUUCAGAAGAAUCCCAUUGGAAAACCUAUAUAUCAGGGGAUCGCAUGUGAUACAGUUUGCCUUCAUCUCAUCAAAAAAUUUCAAUGGUCAUAUCCAGUUCAUUCGUGAUUUGUUGUAUAUAACAAGAAAGAACUCUCAGAAAAGUCUAUAUUUACAUUAUUUCUCAAAGGCUAUUUUGAGUUGGGCAAUGAACCGUUCAGAAGAUUUUUUGAAAGUGGUGGAUACUUCAACUUGUUCCAAAAAUGCUGAAGUCUUGUUUGAUACCCUCUAUCGACAGCUCGAUCCAAAGUACUGUCCAAAAGUUUAUUACAGUAUCUUAAGUUGUCUGUUUUUGUUUCAACCAAAACAAUUGAAUAAAUACAUAAGUGAUAAGUCAAACAAAUCAACAACUCAAGCAUUAAAGAGAUCAAUCACGAACGUGACAAAAUUGAACUCAAGCAGGCAGAAGUUUUUAGCAGAUUUUGUCCUUUUAGUUAAUAGAUCUCCAGAAUUGGCUGAACCAUUGAUAUCUUUUCUUUUGGUUGGCUGCUCCGUCGGUACUUACAACAAAACACAUGCUCUAUAUAACUUUGCUGUGUUCAUGAAAGAUCCAUUGACUUUACAGGUGAACAUGGAAUCUCCUGACGGCACUUACAGCCAAUAUCCAACCACAAAUAACGUUCCUCCUACAAUCUCAUACUCCGCAAACAGUUCAAUGACUUCUACUGACUCUAAUAAAUAUGGUUAUCUUCUUGAUUGCAGCAUUCAUGGCUCUAAUGUAAUUCAAGAUUUAAAGGUUGGAAUCCUUGCAGUUUCUUUAAUCGUGAACUCGUACAUUUUACCGGAUAAAAUCUUGGGCGCUUUAAAAUCUGAAAAAUCUGCAAUGGGUUCAAUGGCCCUGUUCACUGGUGCAUUCCGCUUAUUGAUUGGUAUUCCUUCAUUGAAUGAAUUGACCUUCAGAUUUGUCCAAGACCUAUCUCCAACUUUGCUCAAAGUACUCUCCAUUUUGUGUGAAGCUCUCACUAAUCCAAAGAAAGAUCUCUUGAAUGAUAAUAUUAACGACUCUUUGAACCUACAACUGUCAUCAAUGAAUAUUUCACCAAUAUCUCCUUCAUCAAACAGAACUUCUUCUUUUUCCUCAGCAGACGUUGUCAGAACCUCUUCCACAAGAAGUAAAUCCUCUUCAAAGAAAAUAAGAAUCUCAUCAGCUACUCCAACUUCUCCUCCUCCAAAUGUUCCCUCGAACUUUUUUAGAGCAUCACCUUUACGAUUGAAUUAUGAUGACAGCCGACUGGAUAAUUAUUCCAUUUAUUCUUCUGAGAGUACAAAAAGUUUGGAUUCAGAAUCACAUUUAGCGCAUAUGAAUGCUGCAACUGGAACAUAUGAGCUUAAAGAAAACAUUGAUCCGUCUGCUUUGAAAAGACAUAUCAUGCAAUGUAAUCCAUCAUUAUUGAAAGAAAAUGUUAUAAAUCUCCUGAUGGUUUAUAGUUCAUAUCCAUUCUUAUGCUAUGUCGAUGUUGAAUCUGAAAAUAAAGCGAGCCAAGAUUUCUAUUUGAGCUUUGAAAAAUCUUUCAAACGCUUUAUCGAAAAAGUUGCCAGAUUAUUAUACUUGGAUGAUGAUGACAUUUUUAAAGCUACAGAAUCAUAUCUGUUAAGCUUUUGCCUAACCGUUAGCACCGUUCACCCUCAGAAAGUUUUUUUGGCAUACAUCGCUACUGCAAUCUUAAUCGAUUCUGUAUCUCAAGUCGGUAUCUCAUUAUCGCUCAGUAAUGAGAAAAGAAAUAGAAUCAUCAAGCUUAUCUUCAAUCUGUUGGAGACAAGGGCAGAGCACACUGAUUUCAAUGUUCUGUUCAAUAAUAGUGAAAUGAUCAGACCAUUCCACUUGAGUGGCUCUUGUAAGAGGAUGGUGAAACAUUUUGAACGUGUUAUUUACAUUGGUCUAUUUUCAAGCAACAUCGAGACGAUCAGAGCUUCAAAGCGCUUAUUACAAUAUUAUGUGUUUGUAAUAACAAAUAAACACCAUUUACCGUCAUGUUUUGAUGGGGCAAAUCUUGAUCUUGCCAACAGUAUUCUUGAUGAUAAAAUGGCAUUUGGCCUAGUAACCAUCAGGAGGAAAAUGAGAGAUCGGUUAUGUCAUAUCAAAAAGCCAACUGAAACUCUACUUAGUGUCUGGUCACUUAUGUAUGAAAAGGUUGCUUCCGUCUAUGAUUAUGAGAGCGGGCCUAACAUCAAUUCUAGUAUGGCCGAAUUGGACGAUUUCUUCUCGAGCCAUCAUGUUAUAAGUGAGAUUGAGAUUUACAGCGAAUAUCUUGCAUCUUUAGGUGGGAUUAUUCUCUCUGAUGAUUUUGCUGAUGAUUUACGUCAGCCUUUGUUGAAGGUGAGUUUAGAAAAGUUUUUGGGGAAUAAAGUCAUCAGUUUGUUCAGCAAAGAUAUUGAAAAAAGAGAGCACUCGAGAGAAAUUUUGAGUGUCUCAGUUCAUCCCUACUUAUGCGAAUCACUGUUACAUUAUAUCAAGUUAGUUCUACCACGUUUCAAAAAUAAUUUAGACAAAGGCGAGUAUAAUGUAUGUGAGUUAUUUUUGAGUGUAUUAAGAUCAAUUUGUCAGAUUGAAAAUGAAUCUUUGUUUCCCCACACACCUGAACUAUGGGAUAUCAAUUUCACAUUACUAAAGAUGUUAAAUCUUGAAAACAACACACCUAGCUUUUUACGAUUGAAGCUUAAAUUUUGCAAAUUACAAGCUUUAUUUUUAAGUAAGCUGGAAGAGUUGGCUUUGAAUGGUAAUAUUAUAAACAAAAAUGAAUAUGCAAGAGUGGCUGCAGAUUAUCUUGAGUUCUCUUCUAUACCAGAGCGUGAAACGGAUCUGUCAAGAAAGAAAGUAUUGUCCUUUGCUUCAUCUAGGACCGAUAUGUCGUCGGCAAACAAAAAAAUGUCUAAUAAGUUGAUAGAAUUCAAAGAGUCUGAGUUGAAAGAUCUUCAUAUGGACAUCAAAGUGGAAGUUUCAAUCAUGUUAAAGCAGAUUUUUUAUCGAUUGCCACUUGACACUCCAAGAAAACAUGGCGGUGCAGAAGAAGAUAGAAGUGCUGAAAAUGUCGUUUUUUCAAAUUACUUCAACCUAUUCGUUAGGCUACUAGAAAAACUCGAUGAGGUAAAGAAUGAAGAGGAUAACUACACCCCAAUUGCUCAUAGGACUUCCAGUAUCAUAAAAGAAAUCAUACAGGCAUUGAUAAACUUACUUAAUUCUAAUUCUAAUAUUGGCUUAAGGUAUUCAUUACCCUUAGGUUAUCAUACCGAUGAUCUCAUCAGGGUUUCGUUUAUCGACGUUUUCUCAAACAUUAUUAAAGAAAUAUACUGCAGUUUUGAAAAGAAAGUUUCAGUUGCAACAUUGUAUGACCAAGGUUGUGCAAUUUUCACUUCUGAUUUUGAUUUGUUCUUGGCGGCAGCAUCAUGCUGCCCAAAGUCUGAAAUAGAAGCUUACGCUUCUUCUAUAUUGGAGCUUCCGGUCAAUGAGAAACAGAGGUUGAAAUUACUGCUGUCAUUAAUCAGAUUUGAUGUUUUGCAGACUUCAGAUAAAAAUGAGAUCUUAAGAUCGAAUACGGUCGGUACAAGAGUCAUAGCGUUAUAUUCCCGUGACCACGCAACUGAUUACAUGAAGAGUAUCUUCGAACCUAUUUUUCACGAAAUGAUUGAGAAAAAGGAAUAUUUUGAGGUUGAGAAGGCUGGAAACCAAACAGAGGAAGAGAAAGCAGUGAACAUAAAAUUAUUUUUCAAAUAUUUGAAUAUAAUAGCCACUGCUUUCGAUGAUUCUAUAAAUGAAAUGCCUAUCGGUAUCAGACUCAUUGCAAAGGUCAUUUUUGAUGCUACUACAGAGGUUUUACCUGAAAUCAAAUUUACAUCUCUCAAUGCUUAUUUGUUUUUAAGGCUAAUCAACCCGACAAUUGUCUCUCCUGAGCACGUUGAGAUUGUUGAUUGUACAGAUCCAUUGUUCAAAAGAUCUCUUAUGCAAUUAGCUAGAGUCAUUCAGACGAUAGUGAACGAAGCACCCGUCAGGCUGCCGUUGUUGGAAGGAAAGUCUGAAGAUUUAUUUUAUGCCAAACAAAAGUUCUUUUUUUUUAUGAAACAAGUUGUUAAUUUCAACAUAGAAGAAGCAUUCGGCAAGAUCGAUCCUGCAGAAGAAAUAAGUGUUGAAUCUUUCAAAAAGUUGGAGAGACAAGAUUCUUGUGCUUACUUACAUGGAUUCUUUUACGAUAAUUGGCUAGAAAUUAGAAAGAUUUACUGUUCUGAAUCAUUUGGCUAUGGAAUAUCAAAGCAAGAGAAGUUCAAAACAGUUAGAGAAAUUGAUCGUAUCUUAUCAAACAUUGGAUUACCAAAAAGGCUCAAAGGGUAUGAAAUUCCUGAAAGUGUUAAAGAUGAUAAAUCCUCAAAAGGUAUAUUGCUCUAUGAUUUUAUGUCCAGGGCCUCAUUGGCUUUGGAAGAAGUUCCCUUCAUAAAGGUACUGGUUACCAAGGAUGGUUUACCAUUGGUGUGUGUCAACACAUUGGAAUUUCCUGAAGAUUUAACUUCAGAAGUUUAUGUUUACAAUUUGCUGCAAACAUUAGGCAAAUUCUGGGACGCACCUUUUUGUGUCUUGAUUGACUUGACUGCUUUCAGCAAAUUUGAAGUUUUUGAGCAAGCUAGAGAACUGCUUAAAGCAAUAAUGUCAUCUCAAUACAAAGCUAACUGUAAAAGAAUAUACUAUGUCAACAUGUCUCCAGCGUUUUUUCAGCGGCUUAAGAAUUUUGAUCAGCAUUUUGUCAAUGAAGAGGAGCUAGUAAAUCCUGACUUCAUUUUCCUUUCGACGAAUGAUGAUGCUAAAGUCUUCAACAGAAAUAAGAUAAUUGGUUACACGAACGCUAUUUCUAAUGAUAGCAGAGUCACUUUUCAAGAUGUGAGCAUUUAUCAAGAAGAGAGUAAAAGGUUUAUACCAGUCAAAUUGAAGAUAGGUUACCAUUUUUUGCAAAUCUACUCAGCUUUACCUCAAAGACUUAAAAUUCGGAAUAAAAUGCACAUUAUUAAUUUAGUAGAUUGUUUCAAGAUCAGCGAGUUGAAGGAUAUAUCAUUGACUGCUUUGACUGGUAUUGCUAACGAAAUUUCAAUGCUCGACAUGGAAACGAACAAAAGACUCAUCCUCACUUCAACCAAGAAAAUUGAAAUCAUGCGUACAAUGUAUUUUUCAAGAGCAAUUAUGAACAACAAUAGCUACACAGAUGACGAUUAUGGUGUUGCAUCCAACCCUAAAUUUACAGUAGGCCAGCUAUUGAACAUUUCACUUGCCGGCUUACUCUCAAAAUCGGCUGAAAUCAGAACUGCCUCUUAUGCUCUUUUAGCUUCUGUCCAACAAUCAGUUGGUUUACAAACAGGUAAAUCCAUUGAUAGUAUUGAAGGGGUCGUUUUUCCCUACGGUAAUAUCGAUUAUGUUUGCUCUGUUUCUGCUAGAAUUGCCGAAAACCAUCCCGAUCUAACUUACGCGUUUAUUUACGGAUUUUUUGGUGCAUAUAACAGCUUGGGAGAGGAAGAUAAAAAUUCGUUAGUUCUGUGUGUGUCCCCCUGGGUGAAGAAUAUUUAUCGCUAUGUUUACCUGUCAAACUCUUUGAUGGGACCAGGGAGGGCUCGUGAUAUAAUCAGAAAAUGUGUUAGAAGCAGCAGAAAGCAGAAACAUUUUCAGGUGUUUUCAUUAUUCAUUUGGCCACAACUAUCAUUGGAAGAUGGAUUGAUUAACAUAAUUAUCGAUGAGAUUGUUGCUGCCUCUAUAGAUCAUGAAGCUGAAGGAAAUGAUUGGCAAAGAAUUACCAAAUACUGGCCCUUACGGUCUUCGAUUGAGAUCUGUAGUGUCAUUAUCAAAAGGAUGAAGUAUAAAUCCUACAAUAUGCCUCUUAAUGAAUCUGAAAUAGAGGCACACACUAGAUGGAUUGAAACUACAGUGUUGGCUAGAUUUUUAUCAUAUUUGAUUUUUGAUUCAUUGUUAUUCGUGGACAGAUAUAUUAGUGACAUUUUCUAUAUUGUCACGAUUUAUAUGGACCAUGGCCCAUUGGAGUUGAGACGUUCUUUGAUACAUUUAUUAGCGAGAACCUUUCACUCCUAUCUCUCAAAGCCAACUUUAACUGAUGAGCAGCAUUCUUUGAUUAGAAACCAAAUUGAACUUUUGAAUGGACCAAGAUUCAGAAUGCUGUUUGGUUUAACUAGAGAUGAUGAUGAUGUGUUCAGGCAUAACAGGAUGCUUGGAACGGAUGUAUCUAGCAAAGCCAAUGCAAUCACUACACUUUGUGACUUGUUGACUUCAUUUUUACAAAAUUAUUUGGAUUCUGAAGAAUAUGAAUUACAGAUGAUCAGAUGGAACUCAUCUGUAUAUAAGCUUUCAUUUGAUGAUGAUGCACAACUCCAAUCGAGAGCUAUUUUGAUUAUGGGAUCAUUAACAAAACAAGGUAUUUCCAAUGUACUUGUUUUGAAAUUCAUUUCUUUGGUUAGGACCAAAGCAUUAAACAUCAUGUCCUCAGGAAAGACUGAUUUACAUAACUUGAAGCUAAUAAUAUGUACACUACAUGCAUUUGGCAAAGCUAUUGUUGGAAUUAGUGAGAACUCAAUAUUUCAUCCGGUAAUUUUUUGGUUUCAUGUGAAUGUUCUUCUCUCAAACGAUGUGAGCUAUUUCAGAUAUGGAACAGAUUAUCUUGCCGCUACAUUAAACAAUAUAAGCGUAUAUCUUGAAGAUAAGGACAUUACUCUGGUUGAUUAUCUAUUCGAGCAUAAGAAACUUUUAGGAAAUAUGUUUGAUAGAGCAGAAGAAGAAUUCGAUUUUAAAUUAACCAGGCAGAACUUUGAUGUUGUGUUGGCAUUAAUUAGUUGCAAAGGGUUAGAAUCUCCUUUUGCUUACAAAUAUGCUACAAAUACAAUGAAAGUUUUAUUGAAAAUCAGAUACCAAGAAUACAUGAGGAAACCAUUUGAUAAAUACAACGAAUUCAACUGUUAUUUAUUUUUCAUCUUUUUGACAUCUGGAAGCAAUGAAGAGAUGAUUUCGGCUGUUGAAGAAUGUGGAAUGGGAGAUAUUGAGUACAUUACAAGUGUUAACAACUGUAAGAUUCCAAAAAUCUUAAUUGAUUGGUUUAGUGACCUUACAUUGAACGUUUACACCACAUGUUUGGGUGCUGCCAAUUAUUUCAUGAAGCAAAAGCUAGACGAACUAGCAUCCACCAGGGUAAUCUCACUUUAUGUUGAAAUUUUCCGGAAUGAUCCAAAGAUAAUUCUAAAAAUGUUUAAACGAGUUGAAGGAGUACUGAAUAAGUUUAUUGCAUCAUCAUCAACUCCUAACCUUUUGGAGACUGUUUUGGAUAUGUUGGUGACAUUGAUGAAUAACCCUGAAUAUGUAAGUUAUCAGCUAGAUGAAAAAGGGUGGAUGAAUAAACUGGAAGAGAACGAUGUUAGAGGGAUAACCAAUUUUACCUUUGAUGUUAAUAACUCACUUUUUGAAACAUCAGCUUACAAACUCACGGAUACAAACAAGAGAAGGCUGAAUAUCGCAGAUGCGCUGUUGGAGAAGAUUAUGGAAGUUUAUAAAGAUGAAAGUGAUAGUUACGCUUGACAUCACCUACCUCUGCAAAGAUGUACGUAUGAAUAAAGAUGUCUAUAUUUAUGGAAAGAUGACUAGUACAGUUGUAUAAAAGUAUUUAUUAACGAAUUGAAAAGAAAUU